UGACUUAGGAAGAAGAUCCUUUUUUGUUCCAGACCAGACUGGGCCUCUGUUCUCAAAAUUAGUGCUCGUGGUGUGUCCAACACAGGAGCAAACUGUUCCAGAGCAUAAUGACGGUUGCAGUCCAUGUGCUGGGAAAGGAGGCAGUGCUCUUGGGAGAAACAGCAGAGACCUCAGGCUUCAAACUGAGGCCAGCAGAGUCCCAGCCAGUGGGCAGGUCCCAGGAUGAAGAAUUUUGGAAUGAAUAUCAGGAUCAACAACAGCUGAGCAGGAAUACUCAUAAAGAAACUGAGCCUAUGUGUGAGAGGGCUAUGCCUACUCACCAGAUCCUAGAAUUUCCUGAGCAGACAAAUACCAAAGACUGGAUAGUGGCACCUGAGUUCAUCUUGCCUGAGUCCCAGAGCUUGUUGACGUUUGAAGAAGUGGCCGUGUAUUUUUCCCCGGAAGAAUGGGAGUUACUGGACUCCAGUCAGAAGGCCCUCUACAAUGACGUAAUGCAGGAAAACUAUGAGACUGUCAUCUCUCUAGGGUUAAACCUCAAAAAUGACAUUGAAAAUCAUCAAUCUAUAUGCCUUUCUGACUUAGAAAUGCCAACACCAGGAGACAUAGUUUCAAAAAUGGACAGAGUGAAAGUUCCUCAGAAAACAACAGUCCAAGAAAAUCAUGGUGAUAUACACAGGGUGGGGAAAUGGCACCAAGACUUUUCAGUGAAGGAAAGAGAGAAACUUUCAACCUGGAGACAAGAGCUGCUGAAACUUAUAGAUCGUCACAAGAAAGAACGUGCAGGAGAGAAGUCUUUUAAAUGUCAGGAAUGUGGGAAAAGCUUUAGAGUUAGCUCUGGCCUUAUUAAGCACCAAAGAAUUCAUACUGAAGAGAAACCGUAUAAAUGCCCACAGUGUGAUAAGAGAUUUAGGUGGAGUUCAGAUCUUAAUAAGCACUUCACAUCACACCAAGGGAUAAAACCAUAUAAAUGCUCAUGGUGUGGGAAGAGCUUUGGUCAAACUUCAAAUCUACACACACACCAAAGAACUCACACCGGAGAGAAGCCCUUCACAUGCCAUGAAUGUGGGAAAAAAUUCAUUCAGAACUCCCACCUUAUUAAACACCGGAGAAGCCACCUUAGCAUAUGCAUGAGAAACUUCAGCAGGUGGUCAAGCCUUCUCAGGCACCAGAAACCACCAAUGAAGGGAAGCUUGUUCAAUGUCCUCAGGCUGAAGAAUUUUAUCAAGUGGAGCUUGACCAUAAAGUUUAUGAAAAUGAAAAUUUAUGAAGCAUGAAAAAUUUUUCAUCAGUGGAAAAUUUGGGGAUAUAAACUUUCACAGAAAGGAAUCAAGCUGGACUCUGCAGGGGACAUAGUAGUAGUUGUAUUAGUACUGUUUUUACUUACCCUUCGGGGAGUUUCUUAGCGAAAGGUGUUUGAAAAACCUUCUGAAUGAGGGAAAAAUCUGUUUGGGAUUGUACCUGGCAAUAUAGCAAAUUCAGCUUCAAAUAGUACACGAAACUAUGAAUCAAUCAUCUGUGGUCACAGACGUAAAUAUUGUUGGUUUUCCCACCUACUCUUAAACAUGUGAUAGAAA